GGGAAUCUCUCCUCCUCUCCUCACGCGAACGGCAGCCAGUGGCCACCCCACCCCCAGCUCACCUCCCCUCCCCUCCCCUCCCGCACGGUCUGCACCUGCACCUCACCGGAGCCUCGCUCCUCCCCAGCUAGCUAGCUGCCGCCAACCCGAGCCCAGCCCCGCAUUUCAUUAACCCACAGCCCACCAUCGUCGUCGCCAUCAUCACCCCUUUCCUUCCCCGAGCCCCCUCGCACCACGCGGCUGGCUGCGCCUGCGCGGGCGCUCCUCCCUACAUUACUGCCGACGUUGACAUUGCAGAUUGGCAUGCCCCCUCCCCCCUCCGCUUCCCCACCGCCACCGUCACCGCUUCCGCUUCCCGCGGAGUCCUGACCCGGGGCGUCGCGAUGGCGGCGACGGCCGGGGCGGCGGCGGAGAUCGUGCGGGAGAUCGCGGCCGUGGGCGCCGCCGACCUGGCCGCCGCGCCGGAGCCGCUGCGGGCCGACUGCCUCCGCCUCGCGCGGAAGGUGUCACUGCUCACGCACCUCGUGGCCGAGGUGGCCGAGGCGGCGGGGGAGGACGGCGCGGCGGGGCCCGAGGCGGCGGCGUGGGUGGCCGACCUGCUCCGGGCGCUCCAGGCCGCCAGGAGGUUCGUCGCGCUCGGCCGCGUGCCGGCAGUCGACACGGGGGCCGCGGAUCAGGAUGUCAACGACAAGAAUAUUGCUGUUCAGUUCAAGUAUGUGACUUGGCAGUUGCAAGCAGCUCUAACAAAUCUACCGCAUAGUUGUUUUCAAAUAUCUGAUGAAGUUCAAGAAGAGGUUGAUUUAGUGCGGGGUCAGCUUAAAAGAGAAAUGGAGAAGAAGGGAGCCCUUGAUCUAAAUAUUUUUUCAAAAAUUCAUGAUAUCUUAGCUCAUCAUGUUGAUAAUGUUGGAUCACAAUCUGAAGAACCACACAGCCAGCGAGAGACAUUGUCGUUGGAAAACUUGAGCAGUGAUCAUCUGGAGUUGCAACAUGUUGCUUUACUAAUUUCAGAAAUAAGCGGGAUAUCUAAAUCUGACAUUAAAAAAAUAACGUCUGAGCUAAUUGAAGGGCUUGAAAACGCUACAGUUGCUGAUUCUGCAAAACCAACAAAUGGUGAUAACCAAACAAGUGAUGAAGCAAAAGACUCACCUGACAAUGUUAAGAAGCCUGACACUGUAGCUAUGCCUGAAGAUUUCCGUUGCCCAAUAUCUCUUGAGCUGAUGAGAGAUCCUGUCAUUGUGUCAACAGGGCAGACAUAUGAGCGUGCUUUCAUUCAAAGGUGGAUUGAUGGUGGAAACCGGACGUGCCCAAAAACUCAACAGAAGCUCCUAAACCUUACAUUAACCCCAAACUAUGUACUGAGAAGUUUGAUAUUGCAAUGGUGUGAGGAAAAAGGGAUCGAACCACCUACAAGAUCGAAAUAUGAAGGUUCUUCCAUAGAGGUCGGUGAGGACAGAUUGGCAAUUGAAGCAUUAGUUCGCAAUCUUUCUUGCAGCUCAUUGGAUGAACGGAAAUCUGCUGCUGCUGAAAUAAGAUCCUUGGCCAAAAAAAGUACAGACAACCGCAUGCUUCUAGCAGAGUCCGGUGCCAUUCCUGCUCUAGUGAAACUUUUGUCCUCAAAAGACCCAAAAACCCAGGAACACGCAGUUACAUCUCUUUUGAAUCUCUCCAUAUAUGAUCAAAACAAGGAACUGAUAGUGGUCGGUGGUGCCAUUGUCCCAAUCAUACAAGUGCUUAGGACGGGUAGCAUGGAGGCAAGAGAAAAUGCAGCUGCAGCUAUUUUCAGCCUGUCACUAAUCGAUGAUAACAAGAUAAUGAUAGGAAGCACCCCCGGGGCGAUUGAAGCAUUGGUUGAGCUGCUGAAGAGUGGUAGUUCAAGAGGUAGAAAAGAUGCAGCAACAGCACUGUUCAAUCUAUGCAUAUACCAGGCAAACAAGGUCCGCGCGGUCCGGGCAGGAAUAUUGUCGCCACUGGUUCAGAUGCUGCAAGAUUCAUCUAGCGCCGGAGCCACCGACGAGGCGCUCACAAUCCUGUCGGUUCUCGUGAGUCACCACGAGUGCAAAACGGCGAUAGCCAAGGCUCACACCAUCCCCUUCUUGAUCGAUUUGUUAAGAUCAAGCCAGGCCCGCAACAAGGAGAAUGCCGCUGCCAUUUUACUUGCACUCUGCAAGAAGGAUGCCCAGAAUCUCGCUUGCAUAGGGAGGCUGGGUGCUCAAAUACCAUUAACGGAGCUGUCCAAGACCGGCUCGGACAGAGCCAAGCGCAAGGCGACCUCUCUCCUGGAGCAUCUCAGUAAGUUGCAGGUGCUCUAGCCUGCUCGCCCGUCGCAUACCAUUUUUCACGUGUGCGUCUGUUAUACAUACGGGAAGUUGUAAACUCAUCUGUUAUUCAGUGUGAAAGUAGUGGGCUGGUGUGGAGGUUUCAGACACCCUCAGAUGUGUUCAUUGAUGGCUACAAUAAAAAGGGUCGGUGUUGCUGAAUC